UCCAUGGACAAAGGUUUAGAAGAAGCAGUUUCUGUGCCAGCAAGACAGCAGUCACAGUUUCCUCUUUGUUUCUGUAAAAUGAGGUGAUCCUCUGUGAUUCCCUGGCAUUCAUUAAGCUUUUUUCUGUGAGUGAUUGGAGCUGAUAUGAAAGAGGAGCCCAGUUCCUCUGCCCUGGUGGGACCUGUGUACUGGGGCUUUGACCUGCCCUUCCUCAACCCUUUAGUGGCUGAACUGGAACAAGACAAGUCUAAUUGCUAAUAAGCAAUUGCUUUUUUACUGUUCUUGGAAAUGAUCAUUACUGACGGUGACAAUGAUUUAUUUCUGCCUUCUUGCUUUUGUACUGCUUUCGUGCGCUGUGCCUUUGCUUGUUUCAUAAGUCUCAUCUCACUGCAGCCAGGGGAUUUGCCAUAUCUCAUCUGGUGUCUCCUUAUUUACCUGCUGUACUGCAUGAUUCAAUUAAGUGAAAUUAUUUUUAACUGUUAUUGUGGAAGGCUCUGGCUCUUUGGAGCAGAUUCCUCUUGUGAAUGGCCCUGAGUGGAUUGGGAAGAGGCUGGUGGGGGGCUGUGUUGUGGGGUACAGGAGCACCAGGCAGGGAAAACACUGUAGGUGGCCCUUGGUGCUUUGCUUGCCCAGUGAGAAAUGGGUUAGUGCCAGCUGAAAUUGUUUCUGUGCCUCUCCUGCAGCUCUGUGGAAAUGAAACCCCAAACCCUGAGCUUCACCAUCAGUGGGAAGGGGCAGGAGCUGCCGGUGACAGUUGUGCGCCCAAGUGCUCGCAGCAAGAGGGAAAUAGCCGUGCUGCGCUUCAAAAGGCUCCAGCUGGAGGAUACAGAGAUGCUCCCCCUGGUCAUCCGUAACAACGGCAUCAAACCUGUCAAGUUUAUGUUACACCUGGAGGAUGAGCACGGAGUGUUCUUGUUGAAAGGCAGAGCCUCCACAUUCAAGACAUUCCAAACUGGAAAUGUGGAAGGGGACUUCGGCAGAAACGAGAGCAAGCCCGCAAAGCCUUUCUUUCUUCUGCGUCAUGGGCAAUCGGCAGAGUUUGAUGUUAUUUUCAAACCCACCCUGGCUCAACGUCUGGAAGGGAAGAUUUGUCUUCUAGUGGGGGACUCCCGCCUGACCCUAACCGAGCUGGUGGGUGAAGGCCACAUGGAUGAAUUCACCCUUGAUGGGUUAAAGGAAGACCCCCAGGAGAGGAAUGCCAGGAGCAGUCUGAAGAAAGACAUUAUUGAUGCAGUCAGAGCAAAUCACAUCCAGUUUGGGCACUGUCCUGUCGGGAAGCGCUGCCGCAGGACCUUCACCAUCACCAACCACACCCGUACGCAGUUCAUGCGUUUUGUGUGGGACGCAGAUGCCACAUUCCAGUUCUCCCCCAAGGUGGGACACCUCCAUCCUGGCUGUGCCAAGGGCAUCACAGUGACCUUGAAAGCAGAUGUCCCAGGCACCUUCAGGAGGCACCUUGUGAAAUGUAAGGUGACCAAGAUCAACUUCAAGCGGCCACGAAGGAAGGUUCCAGACUGGGACGACCAAAUGUGCAUUGUGACGUGGAAGGAUAUCCCCAGGAAAGACCUGGCAGCCAGAUGGUUUAAAAAAGAGAGGGUGGUCGAGACAGUCCCGGAACCUGCUCACACUGUGCUGGAGAAGAGCAGCCAGGAGGCCGAGGUGUACCUCAGUGCCAUUGUUUUCUACACUCAGUUCAAACUGAGCACAACCAUGGUUCAGUUCAAGGAUACCUCCCCCUUGCAGACAAGGAUAGCCACUUUCAGGCUAUCCAACACAGGGAAGGUAGCCCUGGAAUACUCUUGGGAGGAAGCUGAAGAUGGUGAAGCAGUGAAGAAGCAAUACUCAUCUGCUCUGAUGCGUCAUUUCCUCUCCUCUGACACUUUAAAGCGUUGCAAAAAGAUGCUGCGUCGUUUUGGGUGGCAGCCGGAUCGUCCUUUUGAAACUCAGUCUUCUGGGCUGAAGCUGCUGCAUCAGCUGGCCAAGCGGCUGCAGCAGCAGCAGGAUUCUGAGCAGCAGCAGCUGCCCGAGCAGCAGGACCAGCCCAAGCCGUGCCGCUCAAGGCGUGUCGGUUCCGCCCUGGAAAUCCUGCCAGAUCCCUUCCAUGACCUGCCACUGUUCACCAUCAAGCCCUGCCACGGCAUCAUCGCCCCUGGCCAGAAGCAGGCCUUUCAAGUGCGGUUCUCCCCAAAGUGUGAGGGGAUGUUUGAGACCACCCUGCAGUGCAGGAUUCCUAACAUGAAGCCAAAUCAGAAGAUGAAGCAGGUGAUUGUGAAAGGCAGAGCCCGGGAGCAGAAGAUUCCUGAUAGAGCGGAGAGAGAAAGGGCAGGGAGCCAAGAAUCAGGGGCUCUGGAAACCAGCACCUAAGGGGCAGCAUUUGUGUCAACUGGAGUCUCCUGAAGGAGCCAGCAACAUCAUGCCUUCUGCUGCUGAUGGUCUCCCACCCUUCACCAGAGACCUCUGCAGCUGCUCUUCCAGGCUCCAGUGAACACCUCAAUCUAAUCUUUUAAUUACCUAGGUUAUUAACUGGUUAUUAUAUUGAUAAUUAAUUCAUGAUUGUCAAUAAAUUGUUAAUUGUUAAUAAACAACAAUGCAAACAAACAACAAUGCUGGCAGCAACAACAAACAGAACCAGAUACCCAACCUCAGCCUUCCCUUGGCUCCAGGCACUUUAUUUUUGCUGUAGUUCCAGUCACAGCUGGACUGGGAAAGGGAGGCAAAUAAUGAAUAAAGCAAUUGCUACAGAAAUUUUAUUUAAGGAGGAAGGAACCAAGGAAUACUCACUCUGGAGAGCUCAAGCACUGUGUAAUCAAUUCUGAAGAACUUAUUGCUGUGAGGGAGUCUCUACAGUAGCCGAAUAGUGACUGGACAACGCUCAAGUUGUUAAAUAAAUAAUGAGAAAACACCGUAUUGAGGGAAGAGCCCUAGCCCUUGGGCCCUUUCAAAAUAUGCAAAUAGAUUAUACUGAGUUCCCCAAAAUACAGAGAUGGAAAUAUCUUCUUGGAACAGUUGAUCACCUCACCAAUUGGUAGCCUUUGUUACCUCAACUGCAACUACCUCCAAAGUGGCUAAGAUGCUAUUAGAACAAAUCAUUCCCAGAUAUGGGAUAACUGAAAGAAUGGACUAGAUAAGGGAACACACUUUACUUCAAAAAUUGUACAUUCCAUGUGUUGUAUUAGACAUAAAUUGGGAAUUCCAUACCCCAUGGCACCCUCAAAGCUCCAGAUGUGUGGAGAGAAUGAAUGCUAUCCUUAAGAACCAUAUUACCAAAUUAAUAUUGAAACCAGAUUAGCAUUAUUACGGAUCAGAACUGCUCCAAGAAAGGACAUAGGAGUUUCUCCCAGUGAAAUGUUAGUUGGGUUACCUUAUCUGGGAAGGGAGGAGGGGUUGCCAGUGGCUGAAACAAAUGACUUACAUCUCAGAAAUUAUUUGCAGGCAAUUGCACUUUCUCUCACGGAUCUUAGAAGAAAAGAGUAGUUACCCCAAACAUCACCCCUAGACUUUCUAUACACCAGGUAAAACCAGGAGAUUGGGUUCUAAUAAAAUCUUGGAACGAUGAUACCUUAAUAGCAGCAUAGAAGGUCCCUUUUAGGUACUUUUAACAACUGAAACAGUUACCAGGAGUGCAGAAAAGGAGUGGUUGGUCUAACUCCUCUCAAGUCAAAGAGCCAGUGGAAGCUCCUCCCCAAAUUUGGACAGUGGUACAAGGAGAUGACCCUUCAAAGUUAAUAUUCAAAACAUGACUUAAUAGUAAACAAUCAUGGGCAAGACUGGACUGACCUUUGUAUUUGCCACCAGAAAGCCUUUUGCUCCACUGUGGGCUGCAAUCCCUUGGGUGUUGAGCAGUGGGAAUAGAAGUCAAACCAGACCUUGACUAAAGAGGAAUAGGAAAUGACGUUCUAAGACUCUGGAAACUGCUGGACGGAGCGCCAUGGCCUCUAUGCUUCACCUCUAGAUCCCUGCAGUGUGCUGUUCUAGUGCACAGAGCUUAGGAAGCAGGAGCGAAGGUAACCUUUGAUGCUACAGUUAAAAUCUGAGGUUUGCAUCAUCCCAGCAAGCACGGAGGAACUGCUAUGGAAGGCACUGCACACAAGUGUAUCUACAUCCUACUUCAGUUGAGUUGGAAGAGAACUAUGGACAGCAACAUGAUCCAACAGCUCAGGAACUUUUAAACAGACUGAAUUUAACACCAACCUAAUAAAUGACUGAUUAAUCUUCCUUAUAACUACUUCACAAAAGGAGCCAGUUUGUAUAGUAAUUACAAGCGACCCCCAACGAAGGAAAUGACUGGCAUCUGACUCCAAGGCUUCGGAAUGCUGAACACUUGCUUUAUUAAAACUAUACUAUUUUGCAUUACAACUAUUUAAAGAGAGAUUACUAUACUAUGCUAUGCUAUGCUAUGCUAUGCUAUGCUAUCAUACUAAAGAAUACUAAAGAAAACUCAUGACUCUCUGCCCGAGAGUCAGGACACAGCUUUGACUGAUUGGCCAAAUGUUGCGGUGUGAUUUCAGGAUCUACACCAGAACUUUGGGCCUCUCCCCUGAUAAUUUCCUGCCAGGUGUGUCAGUCACCUCUCCUUCCCCCUCCCUUGUCCCCUGCUGAGUACUGUCUGUCAUUCCUGGCAUUCCAGAAGGGCGUGGAGUGAUUGGGCAGAUUCAAAGGAUGGCCUCUACCCCUAGGGGGGCAUUGGGCCAUCCAGGUGUCUUUGUCCCUUAGGAGCUCCUCUCCUGUACCUGGCUGGUGGCUUCCUAGUCCUUCCCUCCCCCUCUCCCCAGGGUUAAGAGAGCCAGCAACCACAUGGUUCAAGGUGAGUUCUGUUGGAGCUGGUGCUGGAUUCAGAGGCCUGUGAGCCAGAAUAAAGCUCU